CUGCGGGUCUUCUGUUUUCGGUCCAGUUCGUGGUUUAAAGCGAGCAGCUGGUGUUUGUUGGACAGGUCCGGUUCGGGCCGCUGACGGGCAGGCGUUUAAAGUCAGGAUUACACAAGUCUGCAUCCUGACUGAGGAGACCUGGGCUGGGCAUGAUGGAGCCUCGCGUCGCCAUGGCAACAUGACUGCUUCCCAUGAAGAGCUGGAUGAAGAGCUGACCUCCACCGGGCCGUGGGGUGCGCUUCUGAUUCCUGUUAGCCACCAUCUCCCCCUCAGAGCUUCAUCUGCAUGGAAACAUGGACCCCCUCAGCAGGGCCUUUUUGACCCACCAUGUCCAGGAGCUGUGAGCCUGCUCAGUCAGUAGGGAUGUUGGCCGCCGUGGAACAUGGUCCCAUCCUCUGCAGUGACUCCAACAUCCUCUGCCUUUCAUGGAAAGGCCGGGUCCCGAAGAGCGAGAAGGACAAGCCUGUGUGCCGAAGACGGUACUAUGAGGAAGGCUGGCUCGCCACGGGGAACGCCAGAGGAGUUGUUGGGGUGACAUUUACGUCCAGUCACUGCAGGAGGGACAGAAGUACACCGCAGAGAAUCAACUUUAACCUGAGAGGACACAACAGUGAGGUUGUCUUGGUGCGUUGGAACGAGCCCUUCCAGAAGCUGGCCACCUGUGACAUGGAAGGAGGGAUUUUUGUUUGGAUCCAGUAUGAAGGAAGAUGGUCAGUGGAAUUAGUGAACGACAGAGGAGCUCAGGUGAGUGACUUCACCUGGUCACAUGAUGGCACUCAAGCCCUCAUUGCCUACAGAGAUGGCUUUGUGUUGGUCGGCUCGGUCAGCGGUCAGAGACACUGGUCCUCUGAGAUCAACUUGGAGAGUCAAAUCACCUGUGGCAUUUGGACACCUGAUGAUCAGCAGGUUUUGUUUGGCACAGCUGAUGGACAGGUGAUAGUCAUGGACUGUCAUGGCCGAAUGCUGGCUCACGUGCUCUUACAUGAGUCUGAUGGAAUUGUGAGCAUGUCGUGGAACUGCCCUGACUUCCUGAUAGAGGACAGCACAGAGAGCGACACGGACUCUGACGACAACAUCCUGCCUUUAGUGAGGAGAGUCAAGCCUUUGCUGACAGUGACCUUCUUAUCAGGAGACAUCAGUUUGAUGAACAACUAUGAUGACCUGUCUCCUGCUGUCAUUCACUCAGGUCUGAAAGAUGUAGAGGCUCAAUGGUGCUCCCAGAGAGACCUUCUGGCUGUGGCCGGCAUGGAGAGACAUGGACUUCCUUCUGAGUCUGCCUGCUCCUCCAUCUUGAAGAAUGCUCUUGUUAAGUUCUAUAAUGUACAAGGAGAGCACAUAUACACUCUGGAAACACCUUCACAGAGGCCCAUCACCACCAUUUGUUGGGGUCACAGAGACUCUCGCCUGUUCCUGGCAUGUGGAUCAGCGCUCUUUGUGGUGCGUGUGGAGCACAGAGUGGCUAGCCUUCAACUCUUGUGCCAACAAGGAAUUGCGAGCGCUCUUCGCGAAGAGAAAGAUGUGGGAAAACUGAACAUGCCGUCACUGCUCUGCUCUUAUGUCACCACUGCUUUCAUACCCACCAUCAAGCCCCCGAUUCCUGACCCCAACAAUAUCCGGGAUUUCGUCAGUUAUCCCACAGCUGGGAAUGAGCGUCUCCACUGCACCAUGAAGCGAGCAGAGGACAGUCCUGAGGCCGGCGGACCCUGCUACACCCUGUACCUGGAAUAUUUAGGGGGACUUGUGCCGAUUCUCAAAGGAAGGCGCAUCAGUAAACUUAGGCCUGAGUUUGUCAUCAUGGAUCCAAAAACUGAUGGCAAGCCAGAGGAGGUGUGUGUGAAUCCCAUGAUCUCGUAUGCUGACAGCUGUAACUGUUCUGACUCCAGUGACAUCGACCUGAGUGAUGAGUGGGUUGGGAAAAAGUCACCAAAGUUAUCUCGAGGAAACAGGUUGAACAUAGAGUCAAGAAAAUCUCCCAAACUUUCACGUGCCAAUCAGGAAGGCCAACGGUCACCACGGCUCCUGACAAAGAAACCUCCAAAUCGGUCGCCCAGUUUGACACGAAGAGAGUUCACAAUGGAUGGAAUCACAGAGCACAAUUAUCUUGCACAAGUCACGUCCAACAUCUGGGGAACAAAGUUCAAAAUUGUUGGGCUUGCAUCUUUCCUCCCUGUCAACCUUGGUGCAGUUAUCUACAAGACCAGUUUGCUGCACUUACAACCGAGACAGAUGACAAUCUACCUUCCAGAGGUGCGAAAGAUUUCUCAUGACUUUAUGAGCCUGCCUGUGUUCAACCCGAAUGUGUUCAGUGAGGACGAGGACGAUUUACCAGUGAUGGGACCAUCUGGGGUCACAGGAGACAACCCAUCCUGUACAGUCAACAUUCCCAUAGCUCCCAUCCACAGCCCUGCUCAAGCCAUGUCUCCAACUCAGAGUAUCAGUCUGGUUCAGUCUCUCCUAGCCAAUCAGAACAUUCAGCUCGACGUGCUGACUAACCCAACAACAACAGCAGCAGCUGCAGCAGCCUCUGUUCCUGUCGCUGAUCACAGCCAAGAUGCCGUUGCAUCACCAUACCCUGUUCCAACUAGAUAUUCAAAUUCCAGUCAGGGCAUUUUUAGUGGCUUAGAGAUGGGUCCCCUUCUCCCUGGAACUCUACCUCCCCCUCCACCACCUCACCAUCUGCCCCCACAGCCCCACUCGCAGCGGUCUCAUUCUCAGCAGCUUCGCCAGCAGCCUCCCAAACAACCACAGCAACUGCAAACACAGCAGCAGCAGAAAAUGCAUCAUCACCAGCUUCAGCAGCAGCAGCACCACCAUCUGCCCCAGCCACAGCAUCCGCAUGACACAGAUGAAACUGUGGAGAUCCAGAUGAGAAAGAUGAAUCCUCCUCCUCCAUAUCCAGGGACUGUAGUGUCUGCAGCUGCAGCUACGGCAGCAGCUGCUCCUCAAACAUUCAUUACAAAAUGUGACAGCCCAAGUGUGUUGGCACCUGACCCAUGCAUGAAGAAUGAUGAGUUUUUGCUCCAUCCUGUCACUUUACAAUACCCCACACCCCUGGGGUAUGAAAGGAUCACAACGUUUGACAGUAGUGGCAACGUAGAGGAGGUUUGUCGGCCUCGAAGACGCCUCAUUCCCAAUCAGAAUGCCUAUGCUGUUCAUACAAUUGGGGGUUCGGCCACUCUAAAGGUCACUUCCUCAGACAGUAAAAAAAUUCAGCUUCCGUACUCCUCUGCAACACUGAGUCGUCUUUCUGUCCCUCGAUAUUCUAUACCAAGUGGAGACCCUCCUCCUUAUCCUGAUCCGACCAAUCAGGUAACAGCCACACUUCCUCCUCCUCAGAGAAUCGAUAACAAUCUGAUUCAUGCCACACUGCGUCGUGACCGCAGAGAGGCAGGACUCAAAGUGCCACAGAUGAUGGAGAGCUCAAAAACCCUUCCCACUAAGGCGAAGAUGAACAGUGCAGUAUCCCUUUCCUACCAGCAGAGGGUGCCCAUAGCGCUGUACACGUGCACACAGUGCAGCGGUAAUAGCAGCAGUCCCAGUGUGAGUGUUAGUGGAAGUGGGACCACGAGUAGUGGCAUCGCAGGUGGGACAGUUGUAAGACAGGACUUCCCACCUGGAAAAGGUGCACACCACAGCACUAUUAUCGUGCACUCCAAAGGUUCCUCGCCACUGGCAUCUCAGUCAUCCUACAGUCUGCUGGGGGCCGUGGAUAACAGCCGCGACCGAACCAUCUACAUAAACUCUGCCUUCACUGAAGAUGAGACUUUAAACCAGCAGUGUCACGUUGAGAAAUCUGCCCGUCAGCUGACUCUGGCUGAUGCCAACAUGACCAUUAAACGCCCUCCACCUUACCAGUGGGACACUCCUGCCACAGAGGACUUCUGGCUGUCUCCAGAACAAACAAUGCUGGCUUCCGCACCAGGAAAUCCCAAACCGCCUCCUCAUAGCAUUAGCCAGGCACAGCGCUUGGACAUGACUCGGCUUCCUUUCGUUCUCGCAACGAAACCUCCGACCAGCCUGAACACAAGCACACUUACUUUCCCAUCAGGCUACCAGAUAUCCCUGUCACCUUUUACUCCAAGUGUGGGACAUACUGCACCUCCACUCCAGACCGUUCAGAACCCCCCAACACAUUCUCCAAACGACGUUGUCGCUUCAGUACCUUUUGCCCAGCAGAACCCUAGUUUGGUCUUGCCCCCGGGCUACCCUCCAAAUCUGGCUAACCUGGCUUGCUGCCCCCUCCCUCCUCUGUAUCCAGGAUCCAGCUCAUGUGCUGGACUUCAACUGCACCCUGUUAGCUUACAUCCUUGGAACCCUUACCCCUGCCCACUACCCAUGCAAGAUCCCCCGGCACCUCCCUUGCCAACAAAAACCCAUCAAAUUUUAGAGAAGCCAAUACUCUCCCCACCUCCUCCUACUACUCCACCUCCACCCCCUCCUUUGCCACCUCCUCCCCCACCCACUGAGUUACCGCCAUCAAAAAGUGCUACAGAAGAUCUAACAGAGUCUGCAAACAACUUCCCAGAACAGUCAUCCCUGAAUGAAAGCCCAGUCCUGCAGGAGUCGGAGCGUCUCAGCAAAAAGAGUCGCAAAAGACUAGACAGCAGGGCAGACGAGGCCAACAUGCCCACAGUGUCAGAGAGCAGGUCGAGAAAGGAGGGCCGAGCUCUUUCUGACUUCAACACUCUCAUUUCCAGCCCACGACUCAGCAGCAGAGAGAAGAAGAAGCCGAAGGGGCAGAGAGAACAACUCAAUAAAACAAAGAAAAUGAGCAGGACAACAAAUGAGUUCCAGGACAGCUCGGAAAGUGAACCAGAGCUGUUUAUCAGUGGCGAUGAGCUCAUGAACCAGAACCAGAGCAGCAAGAAGAGUUGGAAGAACAAGCGGAGCAUGCGUAUGGCAAGUGAGCUGGAAGAAAUAAAGUGCCGCAAGGCAAACGAAAGAGAAGACCGAAGCUUAGGCAGCCAAGGAUUUCUUUACGUUAUGGCAAAUAAACAGCCGCUGUGGAAUGAAGCCACUCAAGUCUAUCAGCUGGACUUUGGAGGUCGGGUCACUCAGGAGUCAGCAAAGAAUUUUCAGAUAGAGCUGGAUGGUAGACAGGUGAUGCAGUUUGGCCGAAUAGAUGGAAAUGCUUACAUAUUGGAUUUCCAGUAUCCUUUCUCAGCGGUGCAGGCGUUUGCUGUCGCCUUGGCCAACGUAACUCAACGGCUGAAAUGAUGGCGUGAACUGGAGGCGUUGUUCAGAGCAAAUUUGCACUCGGAUGUGUAGUACUGAGGCUGAGACACACUUUAAGUUUUUUUUUUUUUGAGGUUUUUAAGUGAAAAUGAACUGUGGAUGAAGCAACAGAGGCAGGGAUUUAGCUCUAAAUGUAAAUAAUAAUAACAAAUCUUUAUUGGACUGUGGGAAAACUCCUGUGAAUUUAUUUGAAACGAGCCAGUUAAGGCUGGAGCAUCUUUUUUUUGCCAAUAAUCACAUUAACUAAUCUCAUACAGAAAUACAACCCUAGUUCAGAUUUGACAAGAGCUUUUUAUUGAUCAGAAAAGUUUAAAUUUAUUUAUUUUUUGUCUCUGUGUAGAGCAGAGAAUUACAUCAAGUGUUACAGAGAAAUACCUUCCAAACUGCUAUGUGCUCAACAAAUUAAACUUAUACCAACUUAUUUUGUUAACAGACCCAUAUGCACACACACACAAUUGUUGUUCUAGCCCAGGGGUGCCCAACCUUUUUUGAA